AUGUACCAGUUCAUAACUACACGUGAUGACUAUCAACGAAGUCACCGCACGGAGCUCUCGACAAAUGGGGGAAGAAAUGGCGUCCAAGAUUGAAGAGGGCUCCGAAAGAGGUACAGAUGGAGUUGCUGGAACGCCUAAAGAAGCAGCUCUACGUGAGCUGAUGAAUAGAACAAAAUAUCCAAUACGGCAGUUCAACGGGCAACGAAGAUAUGGACCUCCACCGAGUUGGGAUGCACCUCCCCCUCCACGUGGAUGUGAAGUUUUUGUAGGCAAAGUUCCUCGCGAUUUGUACGAGGAUGAAUUGGUUCCAGUAUUUGAAACUUUUGGCAAAAUCUACGAGGUCCGACUCAUGAUGGAUUUUAACGGACAAAAUCGCGGAUACGCUUUCGUUGUUUACACUAACAAGGAAGACGCCAAGAAAAGUGUCAAGGCAUUGAACAAUUACGAAAUUCGCAAAGGGAAAUGUAUCGGGGUUUGUAGCUCGGUAGACAAUUGCCGGCUUUUUGUAGGAGGCAUUCCUAAGAAGGUAAAGAAGGACGAGAUCAUGAACGAAAUGAUGAAAGUUACAGAAAGCGUUGUGGACGUAAUUGUUUACCCUUCGGCGCAGGACAAGACGAAGAACCGAGGCUUUGCGUUCGUCGAGUACAGCUCGCAUCGCGACGCUGCUAUGGCCAGGAGAAAACUCAUGACGGGUAAAAUACAGCUCUGGGGACAUCAGAUUGCUGUAGAUUGGGCUGAACCAGAGCAAGAAGUCGACGAAGAAAUUAUGGAUCAGGUGAAAGUUCUCUACGCCCGAAAUCUUCUAUUAAGCACAACGGAAGACACGAUAGAGCAAGUUUUCGGCAAGUUUGGCGAUGUUGAACGAGUCAAGAAGAUUAAAGAUUACAGUUUUAUUCACUUUCGAACGAAGGAACAAGCGAGGGCAGCACUGGAGGCCAUGAACGGUCAAGAACUGGAUGGAAAUGAAAUUGAAGUAACGCUGGCCAAGCCUGUGGAUAAAGACCAUCGUCAAGCUAAAGCAGCAGCAAAAGCAAUCAUGAGUGUAUCAACAUAUCCCAGCUUUACCCCCUAUGAGUAUUCAGCAAGUACUGCACCUGGAUAUAGUUUUCCAGGCUAUGGUAGUCAGUACUUUAUGUAUGGAGCUCCCAUGACAACAGGAGUGGGAGGUGUGAGGUCUCCUUUUGGAAUGGUAAGAGCAAGAGGAAGAGGACGUUCAGCUGCUGGUAGCAGGGCGGCAGGAAAUAAGGGAGUGUAUUUACCCUCUCCAGGUGGAUAUUCAUUCAAUGGUUUUAGAAGCUACUACCCAGCUGUGCGAGGAGGCUGGUAUGGAGACAACUACAACAAACGAGGAGGAAGACAAGAGGAACGUAUGUUUGAUCUGGUGCCGGGAAUGGAGUUGACACCCACUAACCCCAUGACAUUGAAGCCACAUGCCCUGAAAUCACCAGCUCAGGUUCUAGAAGAUGUUUGUCAGAAGAACCAGUGGGGGAGCCCUGUGUACACACUGCACAGUACUGUGGGACCACAGGACAUCCAGCUUUUCCUUCACAAGGUAUCCAUUCCAGGACUAGCUACUCAGUAUCAGCCUCCUAAGCUGUGCCGCACAGUAGAAGAGGCCAAGAGCUAUGCUGCAGAGUACACACUUCAGCAGCUUGGUGUGCCAAUAGAGGUGGUGACUACCACAGCAGCAACGGAUAUCCCCCCCACUACUGGAACCCCAGUUCCAUCUACAGCAGCGUAUGCAGCCCGCACUUUACCCCCAGGGGCAUACAGCCUCCCGAAUUCUGGCCGUCCAAUCAGUAGUGUAGAUGGAGGAUCUUAUCCUUCUGGCUAUGUACCCAUCAGUAAUGCCCCUACUAGUGUAGCGCCACCAGCAGUUGUCGCUAAGAUGCAGGGUUCAUGGCCAGGGGGGGUACCACCUAGUCAAGAUGGAGGGAUGUAUGGAAGUUAUGAGGGAUACCCAACCAGUGACCAGGGAGGCUAUCCACAGAACAUUUAUCCACAGUACUAGGUGCUCAAAUUUGAUAAGAUAAAUAAUCACGUAUAUGUUAUAAGCUGGCUAGGCAUGCACAGGGUAUAUGUGCCUUGUCAAGAAUUCUAAGAUUUCUCGGUCAUUUAGGUGUCUGGUUGUACCAAAGAUCAAGAGAAAUUUUGUUUUCCAGCAAUAGGAUGCAUUCUCCAGAAUAUGAAUCAUGGUUUUCUUGGAAGCUAGAUGUACCCUGUGCAUGCGCUGUCUUAGCCUAAAUGGGUUUGGGGUGGUGGCACGAACUUGUUCUUUGAAGAAUGUGUAUGGUUAAAUGUUAAAUAUGGAAUGCAGGAAUAUUUCUGGGUGGCUCUCAUUUCAAAGGUGGAAAAGGCCAACCACACACAAGAUUACAAUACUGUAAUAAGUGUUUGGUUUUUAAGUUUUCUUGUGUGUGAUGAUUGCAGAUGCAAUUGAUUAUGACACACAAGAAAUUUUUUCAGAAAUAUUUCAGUUGUUGGUGGUUUUCAAACUUUGUCGGUAGUGUAUCCUUGUUUAGAAUAAUGAAGUUUUGCGUCAAUGUCAUGCCAUAUGUACACGUAGAAUGUUUUCUGUAGAUUAACGUGAUCAGGGUUUUUUUUUUGUCAUCUUGGGGUGAAUUGGCAGUAGUAUGUUGGAAUCAAAUUGGAGCUGUUUACGGCCAAAAAAUAACAGCCAUGUCAGAAUAUUGCUUUCUCUGAUUAUUUUAAGACUAGCUUUAGAUCUGUUUUGUAAAAAUGUGCUUUUGCAUUGCUUAAGAUCAUGGUUUUACAGAAUUUUACGAAGAAUUUCCAAGAGUCAAACAAAAACGUAUUUCAAUAUUAUAAAUUUAUUCGUACUUGCGUCCUGUUCGCUAUUUUAUUGUCUUAUUUCCAUAUCCAUUUUAAGUCGUUUCAAGGACAGAGAGUGGGAGAGACAGAGAGAGAAAGAAAAUUUUAGUUUAUAUUUUUGUUAGAGAAACUCAGAUAUUUAUAGACAAACACAAGGCUCGUUGUUGGUCAUAAUUAUAUGGAACUGAAAUUGCCUAAGAGCUGGUGUAAAUACUAAAACUAUUUUGUCACACAUGUUGCCACAGGAAUAUUGUGCGAGUGUUCUCGUCCAUGCUGGUAGUUUAAUUCAUAAGUAAUGAAAAAUCGCACACUUGAACUUUGGAGGAAGAAGAUCUUAAUAGUAAACUAAACAAAAUUUCAAGUGGGGAAAGAAAAAACCAGGCCGUUCGCUCUUAAGACGCCUUUGGUAAUCUCCGUAUUGCCUGCUAUACGAUUCCUAUGAUGUUAGUUUGAAAAAUUUGGUACUAGUUCAACUACUUAUAUUUUUCUGUAUUCUCGUCACUUGUUUGUUGACAUUGAAUUGAUAAUGCGAGGAGAAAUUCUGUCUUCGUCGCUCAUGGCAGGCAAAGGAGAAAACGAAAGCUCUAAAAAGUAGAGUCCUAUUUAACUACUCCCAGGCCUGAAGCCUACAACUGUUAAGAUCUUUUUUCUGUUAAAAUGAGAGUCGUUCUAAGCUUUCUGUCCGAGUUUAAGGAUGAAUGUAGAUGUGUCGGCAAACUAAAAGUAUUCGUAAAAUGUAAUUUGAAUUCCAAUCUUGCAGUGAGAGAAAUGACGGACAACACUCCAGUACAAUAUUGUGAACAAUUUUUUUGCACAAUGCAUCGUUCAUCAACGCACUGUAUAUUUUCACUACAAGGUACCAUGCCAUUUCGUGUACAGUGGAACGAUCGAAUCAUAUAUCGAGUCAUAUCUAAAUUCGCUUGGAGUUUCCUUGAUUGUGAACAAGAGGUAGAGGGGAGGGCUCAAGGAAAUCUAUUUUAGAGCCUUACUGCGAGCAGCUCAACGUUAACGACCGAGGUUCAAAACGUACCGUACGGAUCUCAAAGUCAUUGUCAGUCUAGCCCAGAUUGCUUCACAGAAGAAAACUAACAAACGGUUCAUUUGCUGAAAGAGAGGCGGUAUGAAAGAUUUUUUCGAGCCUUCCGUAACCCUCUUGUUCGUCAAGAUGGCAAGGGUCGAUCGAUUCUGGGGUUAAAUUUACUUUGUUUAUAGGACGAUUAUUCUAAUAUUGCCGCCAAAGAAAAACGGCGAUUAAAUCCACCAUAAAUGAGAACGGUAUUGAAAAGCUCCAUUUCGCGUGACAAAUUCGAGUUCCAUUAAAGAAACCAACGCGGGCUGGUCUAUUUACAAUUUUUCCAUGCGGUGCCGAACCACUGAGCCUGAUCUUCGUACAAUAUAGCGUAGGAUAGUGAAGAGUACGUUUAUUCGAUUAAUUAGGUGAUACAAUGCUUGAUUUCUUUAUAAGAGUUAAUGUUAGGAAGUAAAUUUAAAGGGAAAAGGGCGAGUACUUGAAGAGAAUGGAGGAACUCGCACAAAUUUUUUUCCCGUAGUUUUGUAAGUAUGUUUGUAUUUUUAAAUUUAGGUUACUUCUUAUUGCCAUUGUAUUUUAAAGCACCAAGGCUUUUAUUCCUAAGUUACUCAGACUUCAACCUUCUUCAGUGAAAAAAAUCCAGUAGCGAAACUGAGUGCUACCGAACUGGUUGUACUUUCCGUCGUAAUCUAAAGCUCUUCAUGUUACCUUUGAUGUCCUAACGUGUUAGCCUUCUAAGGUUCCUCGUCAUUUUCCUUUCGAUUAUUUUCAUUUUCUUUUUUUCUCGCCGGUUUUGUUUUGUUUUUUUCUUUUAGGGAAUUGCGAGUUUCACUCCACUUUAACGGGUAUGUCUUUAUGGGAGGGGAGGUGAGGUGAAGAACUAAGGGAGCUUUUCUAAAGUGGCUUGGUCCGUGAUAUGUCAACAGUGGCCACCCCUAAGGCUACAGUUAUUUCACCACAGGGUUGGGAAGAAGAAUGAAACUGAAAUAGAUAAGGAGUAAUUCGUAGAGAAAUAAUUAUUAAUGUAGUAUAAUAUAGUACAAAUGACGGUACAAUAAGCCACCAAUAAAAUCCCACAUGCGGUACCGUGUA